AUGAGAGGGUUGAAGUUGUGCUGCGAAGGGGUUGUAGAGUUUGAUGACAUCAACGUGGAACCUGAGCCAAAGGACAAAAUCAUCGUUCAUAGUAAAACAGGGUCCUCUCCCAAACCCAGGGAAGCAACUGUCAUCCCCGCCAAGCGAAGCAGAGGACUGCACCAUGACAUUAAUGGAGAGAGAGUCCUAAUUGAAGGACUGGCUAUCCACAAAAUCCAAAGGGUAGGGCAACCAAGAGACCAACCAAACCCCAGAAAGCCAAAAAUAAUUCAAGUAGGUUGA